AUGGGCAAAAAGAGGUCGAGUACGGCAGCGGUUCCCACGCCUGGCACCACCGAGCCGUCCGAGUCAGGAUCUACAACAAGUCCGAGUAAUCCUCUGUCCGCCUACGUGCAGGCGCUGAGUGUGACGUCUGAUCCUGCGAUGAAGGCGGUUCUUGAAGCGCACACCGGCAAGCUGAAGAGCGAUGACAUCCCGUCUGAGAAGUGCGUCGCGCCCGAGGAGUCCCUCAGGCGGGCCACCGCCGCAGUGCGAGAUGCAGCCACCAAGCAUGAUCAAGCAGUUUCAGCUCUCCUUCGUGCACGUGAGGUGCUGGACAAGGCCACCGAGCGUGAGGCGUCGGCUGCGCUCGUCCUGGCCAAGGCGGAGAAGUCGAAGCUGCAGGCCGUUCGGGCCCUCGCGGAGAUGAACGGCGUGAUUGCGAAGGACUCCAAGGAGAGCUCCCACAGCAACGGGGGCGACACCAAGAAGCUCAUCUCCAUCUCUUGGGACGAGGAUUUCUUCAGCAAGCUGGACACGUUGGAGGUCAGCGAGACUGAGCGGGCAGACCUCAAGCAGCUGGAGACCGACCUGAAAGGGGUGCGCGACCUGGUGGGCAACAAGUCCUCCGAGGUCGAGACCAUGCUCGCGCGCAUGGCCAAAAUGCAGGAGGACAUCAUGACUCGCAUGGCCAAGAAGAGGAAGGGUCUCGACGGCGAAGCUACGGGCAGCAGUGGUAGCGGCAGCGCUGGUGCUGAGCCUGGAAGGACUCAGACAGGCGGCGGGGAGCGCUUGGCAGAGGACAUCGCCGUGGACGAGGACAAGGCAGAUGCCGAGCUCGCCGAGGAGGCGCAGCGCCUCAGCGCCGCCAAGCUAGCCGCCGCCCAGGCCGUGCACGGCGCUGGCCUCGGCGGCCCGUGA